ACAAACAGGUGCCAGUACUGCUGAGCUUAACUCGGCCGGUUGAUGGUAUCGGAAAUAGAUAGGAAAAGAAAGAUAAAAAGUCAGCAUAUUCUGAUUAAAAAAUGACGCAGCUUCUUCAACCCUCUGUGUCUCUGCGAUCGUUGCGCCAAGGUUUUCAAUUUUCCUCAUCUCUCUCUUUCCCUCCCAGUCCCUCUAAUUCCAUCCGAUUUCGACCCUUCUCCUCCAAAAUGUCGGCCGAUUCUCCAGCUCCAAGUCAAUCCAUCACCCUGCCUUGUCAAAUCCAGCAGCCCGUGCAGAUUGUCGCCGCACCCGGCGUCUCCGAUUCCGAUUUCCGGAAUGCUAUUGAUUCAUCAUUGUUCAAGCAGUGGCUGAUGAACUUGCAAGGUGAGAGUGGGAUUUUAGCGAAGGGAACCAUGUCUCUGAAACGAGUACUUAUUCAGGGAGUUGAUAUGUUCGGAAGUAAAAUUGGGUUUCUCAAAUUCAAAGCCGAUAUCUAUGAUAAGGAAUCGGGGAAGAAGGUUCCAGGUAUUGUAUUUGCUAGAGGACCUGCUGUCGCGGUGCUUAUCCUUUUGGACUGUGGAGGAGAAACUUAUGCUGUUCUGACCGAGCAGGUCAGAGUUCCUGUUGGGAAACUCAUGUUGGAAUUGCCUGCUGGUAUGUUGGAUGAUGACAAGGGGGAUUUUGUUGGCACAGCCGUUCGUGAGGUCGAAGAGGAAAUCGGCAUUAAGUUAAAGCUUGAGGACAUGGUCGACCUUACUAGCUUCCUUGACCCCUCGACUGGAUGCAGAGUCUUCCCUUCUCCAGGAGGAUGUGAUGAGGGAAUCGGUCUCUUCUUUUACCGAGGUUCCGCAAGUAAAGAGACUAUUUCAGAGCUGCAAGGAAGGGAAACUGGCCUCAGGGAACAUGGUGAGCUGAUUAAGGUUCAUGUGGUUCCUUAUGGAAAACUCUGGAGGGUAACAGCAGAUGCAAAGGCCCUAAUGGCCAUUGCACUCUAUGAAAUGGCUCAGAGGGAAGGGCUUUUGCCUUCUCUUCACCCUGUAUCUGAUCUCGCACCUUGAAGCCAAUGGAGUUUAUCGUUUUAACCCAAUUGAGUUUUAUGCUGGUUUGUGUAAAAGGGUAACAAAGUUUCUUAACACAUGCUUUAAGAAGAAUAACUAGUUUCCACAAAGUUGUGUAGCACCCAAGAUUUGGAAUCCAUAUUUGGCACUGGGUGGCCUACCAUUUCUCUGCA